GCAUUAGGCGUGCAUGUGUGGCGCGCGCUUUGCGCGUGUUGUGGAGGUUGUAGUCGUGGAUGUUUACUGUUUCUUAGAGCGGUAGAUGCUCGCAGUUACGAGCACACUAGUGGCGAUGAUAGACGUUACUUGAGUGCAGCGCAAACAUCGCACAGCUCGUAUGUGAUGAUCCGCGAUGAGCUUGAAGCGAAUUUUUCCAUUUUCUGAAGACGACGUGAAGUCGAGGAUGUGUCUCGACUCUACAGAAACUUUUGUUCUGGGCGACGAUCCAACAAUCCUGGACUCCUUGGCCCUACAGCUUGCCGUCACUUCAGCAGAGGCUGGCGAAUAUGUGGCCAUUGUUGGCUGCAACGCAAUUGAGACGGCCUUCCACGUCCAUGGCAUGCCCAUGUUCAACCCAGACAUGGUGGACUUCAUACGCCCAAGGUUCAUGGCAGACCUCAAGUCUCUCUUCAACUACCUCACCAAGUUUCAGCAGCUUCCAGUGUAUCCCAAUGUCCUCAUACUACAUGGAAUUGAGACAUAUAUACAGGAAGCCUCUGAGGAAGAAGAUGGGGACCAGACCAUCGCACGCCUGUUCGCGCUGGUUCGGGAUGCUGCGAGUUUUGCUGCUUCAAAGAAUCACCAGACUUGCCAUUUACUUGUCACUUGCUGUGAUGCUGCGUCUGAGGGCCACGUAUGUCCCAGCUACGUGAGCCUGCCUUUCUUCCCCCUUCCUUGGCGCUGCAGCAAGCUAGAGAACGGAAGCUUCACCCUCUGCCUCGGUGGCCGUCUUCCGACUACAGUCCGCUUCAGUCUCUCCAGAAGAGAGCUCUGCUUACAAAGAGUAGACUAUUCUUGAUGCACCAUCAGCAGUAUUCGUGCUAGACAUGUCACAGUGCUACUGAGUAGGUGCAACAGAGGGAUGUAUAAUUGUGUCGUGAGCAACAUGGCUGCUUUGAUCACUGUCAAA